AUGUCGGGGUCAGACAAAACGUAUCAACUGGACGAGACUACUUUAUACAGUGUAUUGAAUCUCAAGUAUGGUGCAACAGAAGUACAGAUAAGGAAGGCUUACAUGAAGCUUGCCCGGGAAUUACAUCCAGAUAAAUCAAAGUCUGAAGAAGCAGGUGAGUUGUUCAAGAAAGUUGCACACGCUCAUUUCAUUCUUACAGAUAAGAAGGAGAAGAUGAAAUAUGAUAGCAAACUUUUGGCAAAAGGUUUAUAUGAUUAUUCUCCACGCAUACCAAAUGAUAAAAGCCGACAAAAUGGGAUGUUCAAAGACACUGCUAAGAAUUCUAAGACUUUCACCAACAAUAAUAAUAAGGAUGAUGCCAGCGCUGAUACAUCGAAAUCUAAGCCAAGAAAGAGCCGGCCCUACGAGGAGCAACCAUACGGAUUUGGUGUAGAUACUGGUCGCGGAUCAGGUAAAAACAUUCCACUCUUUAAGACUUUCAAUGCCAAGAGUUAUCAGAAUAGCAAGAAGUCUGUAACCCCACCGAGACCGAAACAACCCUCUGAAAAAAAUAAGCGAGCGACUUCGUUCUCCAAUGAGAACAGAAACUCUAGUUCUGUACCACUGGCAAAAAACCAGGCUAAAAAGACGGCUAAUUCAGGGUCUGCUGUUGGAUCUGAAUCAAGGAUCUCAUCAUCGGGUUCAGAAUCAUCUUCAAAUGUCAAUUCUGCUACGGGUUCUUCGGAGGAACCUGACGUACACACCCAGCAUAAAAUGGCCAGAAAGGACAGUUACCUUAGUGGAUUCCAAAGCAAGGCCAGAAGCCCAGAAUCUCCUUUCCAAGACCCAGCACAACGGCAUUUUGUGAGAACCAAGUACGUCUCCAGUCGCUACGACAAGCGCUCGUUAUCCCCAGUUAAAACUACUCCAAACUCAAGCACAGAGACAUUAAAUAAUGUUAAGAACAUUUUCAAUAGUAUGAGUGAUAGGCUGAGACACACUCUCUUUGGAAAUAGCAAUGGUGACGCAGAAGAUGAGGAUCAACACAAUACGCAGCAUGAUACUGAACGUUUAUUCAAAAGGGCCAAACUACCCGGGCGAAAGAUCCUGACAGAUGAGGAAAUUGAUGAAAUUGUGAAGCAACAGAAUGAGGCAGAAAGUAAUGACCCAGACAGACAGGACUACGGUAAUAGUUUCAAUUUAAAUGUUGAUAAUUUGAGUGUCAACACCCAGGAUUUUAAUCACAUCUCAGAACCAUCACCCGAGAAAGAAGAGACAAAAGCUAACAAAGCUCCGUUUCUUGAAGAAGUGUACGAAAUCAAAAGUGAUAACGAGCAUUUGGAAGAAAAGGCUGCGGUGAGCCCAGAUGACGGUAUUGAUACCCUGGGACUUAAUGAACUGGGAGAGACACUUCCGAAUAACAAAGAACCUUUCGAUAUGAGAAAUGUCGGAGACUCUCUUGAUAAUUACCAAGUCAAGCGUAUGAAAGUUUCUCCGAAACCCAGAAGUGUCCCUUCGAAAACGACACCAGGCUCAUCCCAUGCGGAGGAAAAUUUACAAGAACCAGUCAAUAUCCCAUUACCACGUAUUUACAAACUGGAUCCCAUUCCUAUCGAGAAAUUUAAUGUUGAUCUCUCGAUAUCUAAUAUUAAACUACCUGAAAUGCCGAAUUUAUUAUGUAAUGUUUUAGACAAGGCACAGGUGCUUGAAUGUCAGCAAAAGACUGCGGAAUUCACAAAGCAAACGAACGAAACGAAACGCAAACUGUUACACAUUCUUUCCCAGCGCUGCUCUGCUGACGAGGAAUUACACGAUAAGCUCUAUCGCGUUGAAAACGUCAAUCGAAUGGUUGAGGCGAAGCUUUAUGAUCUUGAACUUAUGACAAAACUAAGCGAACUACUAAACCGACAAAGAAUGGUUGCUGAAAACUACGCUAUCAUGAUCAACACUAUGUAUGCUUCAGGAUUGCUCGAAAAGAACUAA